AUGGUAGCUUCUGAUGUGGGUUCUCAGAUUUGGUUUGAGGGAAUUUUUGAAGCUGCGCUUAACUCCGUAUAUGCCUACAUACAUCUUCCUGAUACGACGCAGACUGAUCCUCUUAGGAAGACGCCGACUGAUCCUCCUGGUACUACGCAAACUGGUGAGAGUGGAAAGAUCACUGAUGAUGGUGUUGGUACUGCUACUGGUACUAGGGAGAGAGGGGAAGAUGGAAAGACCAUAAAUGAUAAUAAGAAGAAGAGUGUGGAAAAAGGGGAUAUUAAGAGCAAUGUCAAGGAAGAAGGCGAUAUUAAGAACAAUGUCAAGGAAGAAGGGAAUAUUAAGAGCGAUGUCAAGGAAGUAGAUCUUGUAUGCGGUAAGGAAGAAGAGAACAUUAAGAGCGUGGGAGAAGAAAGGAAGAAGAUCAGUGAGAUCGAUGGCUCUAAGGGGAAUAGUGAUGACAAGAAUAGUGGUAGCAAGGAGGAGAGUGAUGUGAAUAUUUGGUCUCGUGAUAUGCUGAGAAGUUUCUCAUGUGGGUUCUGA